GGAGGAAACCGCAAACCGGACAGUAAGUUUAUCAUAUAUUUUUUUGUGCACCUUGCUGAAGUCAUCUUUUUUUUUUUCAAAGGCACACUGUAAUAAAUGCAAUAGUUGUAAUGUGUUUAUGGUUGGAACAAGUCUUCUUUUUCCAUUGGCCGCCCCAAACAGCAACAACUGUUGUAAUGGGUGCAACAAGUAUGUUAAAAAACAAAAAGUAAAACGUCGACCAUUAAUAACUGUUUUUAGGCUGGAUGGGUUUCUUUCGUCUGGCGAGAAAAAAUCAGAUUUUAAUAUGUGGUUAAAAUCCCAGAAGAUACCAACGCACGAUAAGCCGCCAACGAUGUCUCCGGAUGUCUUGACCAAAAGAUUGACAGGAAGAAGAAAGUCAAUGAAAGGUCGAAUAACCAGAAAGAAAAGCAACGGAACAAAACUUGCUUCGGUGGAUCAGCUAAAAAAAAUGUGCAUCGAAAGUAGAUAUAAAUGCGUCAUUACCGGUUGUCAAAUAGCUUUUCACGAUCCUAAAAAGCAGAGAUACCCAUAUUGGGCACUCUCCAUCGACCACAAGUUCCCUUUAACGCACUGCAGAAAUGAUCCCUUCGCCUGGACCAUUGGCAAUCUCCAAGCCAUGGCCAGCAGUAUUAAUGCUAUCAAGGGUGAUCUGUCUGAUGACGAAGUAAAACGUUCGUACGAUCAGUACUUCUAUAAAAAUUGUACAUAAUAAAAAUCCCUCUUAAAUCAGUUUUUCUAAAUAA